UUUGGAUAACAUUUUUAGCUAAAUUACAGUAAAUUAGCAAAAAAUAUGAAUUCAAUAAUCACACUUGCUUUUGGCCUGAGCUUGAUUUUCGUGCAAGUGAUUUCGGAGGAAAAUGCUAUCGAUUACGGGGAAGAGGCGAACACCGAUGCCAUGAAUCUAAGAGCAUAUAACCUCCUAAUGCCGGUCUCACAGAUGAUGAUAGCGGCAGAAAAACGGUACAAAAAGCAGGGUUUGACUGUACCCAUAGAGUUGUAUAAAGAUCUCAGAGAGUAUGCCAUCGAUACUAUUCCCUGGCUUUUCAACGAAGUUAAAGGGAUCGCAAACUUUACGGAUAGAAACCGAGUGACCGCACAAUACAUCGGCGAAAUCCACGGAUUGAAUCAUAUGAGUAAUCGUUUGGAUAAACAACGUUUGAGUACACCAUUGAACGUAACAGGCACAUCUGAGAAUCUGCUUGGUAGAAUUAAGGCCAUAGAGAACUUUAUAUAUGGCUCGUUAGACGAUGAAAUAGCCAAUGCAUCGCAUUCAGUGCAUACUAAAUUUCAUGCCAAGUUGAAAGCAUUUUUUGUUGCUGAAUUUCCCAAACUGUACAAGCUCAUCGAUAAACUACCAUUUGAUGAAGCUAAACAGAAAAAUCUUCAGUUGCUUGUCGCUGAUCUAUCGCACGCAUUGGUUCCACCUCUUUAA